AUGGUCAAGGCUCAGGAAUUGCUGACGUUUAGUGACGUAGCUGUGAAGUUCGCUCGGGAAGAAUGGGAACUUCUGGACCCUGCUCAAAAGGCCCUGUACCGGGACGUGAUGUUGGAGAACUACAGAAACCUGGUGUCCAUUGGUGAGGACCACUGUCCUGGCAUUGACCUUUCUUGCUGGUGA